CGGUACAGUCGCAGUGAGCGGGAGAGAUAUACACUUAUUCAAACCCGUAAAAAGUGGCUGAUAAGCGCUAAUAUUUGGACAGCUAGCACGACGACUGGUGUUAAAAAGUCUCAAGUUCCUACCCUAGAAGGGAACAGAAUUGUUGCCGCGAAUCGAUCAUGAAAAGAAUGCGCAAGCGGGAGUCCCACACACACAUGAAAUUCGAGAAACUGAAAAAACACAAUUAUAUUUCGGACUAUAUCGUGACUUGUUAAUUUUAAUAAUUUAUCACUUUUCAAUCUCGAGUCUGAAAAAUUCGGCUAAAAAGGAAUGCACCACAAAAGAUCGGGUUAGAGUUCUUAAGAUUUGAUCUUCACACUCAUCACACUGGGGAAGGGGUGGAGGGGGUCGAGACUCGAGGGUUGGGACGGCUGCCAUUUUGUUAGUGACGCGCAACUCAAAGACCGUGAGAUCCACCAGUGACGAAGCCACUGAGUUUUGACGUGGCUGCUACGUACCUGCUUGUGUGCCCACUCCGAGUGCAGCAAAAGUUGGUGACGAGAAAUACGUAACUGGCCUCGAAGACGUUUCCCGGCUAUGGAAAGCAUGGUCGAAGAAAACGGAUCAGCUGUAGAUCAAUUGUCACAGGGAUCGCAAAGUGGCGAUGCAGCUCCUACAAUUGCUACAUCGGUACAGUCUCUCAUUAGAAAUCAUCAGCAGCAAACCCAUCACCUGGUAGCCUCCACUAGCAUUGUGCAACUGACACUCCCAUCCUUAGGGACUACGCAGAUACAGUCUGUCAUACAGCCCAACCAACAGUCUGUAAUUCAGACAGCGACCAACAUUCAACCUGUUGCCCUUUCCAAAGGAAACGUUAUCCUUGUAAAACCCAACUCAGUCAUUCAGACAACAGGAGGUUUACAAACUCUCCAGGUGGUGGACGCCGGGAGCGAUGACGAAAGCUAUUCCGACGAAGAAUCUCCAAAAAAGAGGCGCGAUAUUCUCACAAGACGGCCGUCAUACCGAAAAAUUCUCAACGAUUUGGGAGGUGGAGAAAUAGAGGGUCGAUUACACACCUUAGAAUCCUCAUCUGAGUGUGACUCUAAUGUGGACAGUGAAGUGUCUUCACACUCGCUUCAUUAUCAGACAGUGAUCCCUGCGGGCACUAUUCAAAUUGCAACUCAGGGAGAAGGCGUUCCAGGCCUGCAUACGCUAACAAUGAGCAAUUCGGCGUCGGCAGGAGGGGCGAUUGUACAGUACGCACAGGGGCAAGACACACAAUUCUUCGUUCCAGCGUACGCAGGACACGGUGUCGUUGUAGAAGAUGCAGCCAGAAAAAGAGAACUUAGGCUUCUCAAAAACAGAGAGGCAGCCCGGGAGUGUAGAAGAAAAAAGAAGGAGUACAUAAAGUGUUUAGAAAAUCGCGUGGCAGUGUUGGAGAACAGAAAUCAGACUUUGAUCGACGAGCUCAAAUCGUUAAAGGAACUUUAUCAGCAGAAAAGUGACUGAGGUUGGUGUUUGAUGCUAAGAUACUGUAUCAGAUUCAUUAACUAAUAACCGUGUACAUGUCUUGUUGAUGUACAUGACCAUGAAUGUUGUUUGGACAAACAGCAGUGAUGUACGUGCAUUCAUAUACAUAAGUGUUAAUGUAACAUAUUGUAUUUAUGUAUGACCAUGAAGGCUUGUGAAACUUGCUCUUACUAAAGCGAGAAGCCAAAGUUUAUUUACGUCACAGAAAGUUAUAUGCAAAUGGGAGGGUAUCCUCGUUUGGUAGAAACGUUUAUCGAUUGCAGACAGAACACUAGUAACAUAUGUGACAUUGCUCUCUGCAUAUUGGAAGAGUGUGUAGUCGAAUUGUUUCGCCUAGAACAAGAAUGAAAAAGGAUAAAGAACGUUUUUACUAUCUCACUAGUACGUUACUAUGCACCGAGCGAUAAUUAGUCAUUUUAUAGUAAUAUGAUUGUGAAUACGAAUUAGAAACCCUCAAAACCAUCGGCUCUUUGUCCCAAACAAUCUGUCGAUUUUCAUUUACUCGGUAGUUUUUUUAUUGUGCUAAUCGCUUCUUAACAUUUCUUUCUUUUUUCAAUAAUCGAUCAUUGUAAUCUCAAUGAGUUUUGUUUUCAAAUUUUCGUAUGUUUGGUCGCUGAAUAUUAAGGAAUAUUAAUGUAGGGAAAAGAUCUUAUAUGUGUAUAAGUAGGUAACCUUGUCCACAUACAGAGCAAUGAAGAUACAAUUUAAAAAAAUGCAAUAACUAAAAGAAACGAACGGCAAAUUCAAUGGAACAACAUAUUAUGGCUGAGAACAAUUUGAAAGCUCUAAGGUGGUAGCCAGUCAUUUGUAAAAUAUAGGUGUAAUAUAAAUCUGGAGUGCCUUGCAAAUCGCAUACAUUAUAGUAUACGUUAAGUAGAUACGGAUACAGAAUAUUUUUAAAUAUUAUUUAUCACGAAAUAUUUCACAGUAGAAUAACCCUUUCUUGUACAAUUUAUUUGCUUCUUAAUUAUUAAUCUAUAGGGAUCUGUUGAUCUUGAUAUUGGAAAACCAAUUGUGGUUAAAGAAACAUACAAACAUUCACAAACUUGGAAACAUUAGUUAUAUAUGAAUGUAUGUGUAUGUCACAUUAGAAAAUUUAAGGUAAUUUUUGUUUUGACAUGCAAAAAUGUUUAAUAUAUAGUAUAUACACGAGGUGUACGACUAUCCAUUAUUUUUUUGGUAAAUUAAUUUUAAUACUUUUCCUUAGUUCUUAAAAAAGGUUUAUUGUUUUUUUUGUGCAAAUUCUUUAAACUAAAAUCAUGCUGUAGUGAAUGAUAAAACAAGGUAGACUAUGAGAAAUAUGGUCCAAACACCUGUGUAUUUUUUCCUAAUCACUGUAAUUAUACAAAUCUUGAAUUCUGAAUUGGAUUCACUAAAAUUCCAAUGAUAAGAUCAAGUCUUUGUUUUUUUUUUCGUUUUUGAACUUGAAGAAAUUUUAAGUGAAUAGAAUUUCAGCCAACGUCACAGGAUUUGAUCUCUGGUAUGAAGAUACCAACAAAUAAAGUUAAAUUUUUUACAUUUAAAGAUCGUAACAUUCACAGAUCGACGUUUUUUGUUAACUACGAUAAUUAUUUUAUCCAGCUGCGUAUAUGUAGACUGCGAAAUGAUUAUGUAAAUGGUGAAGAUAACACAAGAUAAGACCAAUCGGAUAUGUAUAGAGCAUCGAUGAUUGUUGACUAUGUGUAAACAAAAAGAAUUAUAAAGAAUCGUUGCAAAAAAAACGUAGAUCAUGAACGAUCUUAAAAUUAUUUUUGAUCUACGCGACAUAGAAAACCUAAAGGAGUAUUUGCGUGGUCUUCUGAAACUUCAAAUGUAAUUAUAUGUAUAGCAUGUGUAUAUCUUGGUUAUUGCACCUGACAUUUAAUAGAGUAUUGUACAUAGGUAAUAUAUAUAUAUAUAUAAAUAUGUAUUUUUACAUAUCAUUGGCCUUCUUGAAAAAAUAUAGCUUAUAAAUCUAUUGACAAUGAA